AUGCAACCAUCUACCGCUACCGCCGCUCCAAAAGAAAAGACCAGCAGUGAAAAGAAGGACAACUAUAUUAUCAAAGGUGUCUUCUGGGACCCAGCAUGUGUUAUUGCUUAG